AUGGCCCAUGGGAAGAGGUCUAGGCAGCAGGCCGAGUCGACCUCGGUCAGCCUGCUGGACCUGGACAGCGGCGACAUGGCGCGCAUCCUGCUGCUCUUCUCCGGCCACCACCAGCACCACGCCCACUACGGGCCUUCGUCGCCGGAGAGGGUGUUCGAGUGCAAGACCUGCAACCGGCGCUUCCCGUCCUUCCAGGCGCUCGGCGGGCACCGCGCCAGCCACAAGAAGCCGCGCCUGGCGGACGGCGCCGGCGCCGAGCCGCCCAAGCCCAAGGUGCACGGCUGCUCCAUCUGCGGGCUCGAGUUCGCCGUCGGCCAGGCGCUCGGCGGCCACAUGCGCCGCCACCGCGCCGUCGCGGCGGCAGGGGCCGGUGUCGGGCUUGGCCUCAGCCUCGGCCUCGGCAUCGGGCCGAACGAGGGCGGCAACAAGAAGGCCGCGACGGCCGAGCUGGCGCUCGACCUGAACGAGCCGGCACUGGAGGAGGAGCCAGCCGAUCGCGCCAUGCUUGGGCUCGCCAUGGAAUUCCCCGUGGUGGUUGACUUUCGACGUUAG